AUGUCCUCCUCCAACACCACCAAACCAGCCACUGAGGCCGACAUAAUCGCCCUCAUCUACGCCCUCGAUGUCGAUCCCGUCUUCACGGGCGACCCCAUCACCACUACCAACACCACCACCACCAUGAGCAAUUCCCCGGAGCCCCCCACCAGGCCAGUCCGAAGGACCAUCAGACCACGCUGGCUCCCCUACUCUCUCUCUCGUCGCCCGCAUCCCCCCCGUCCCUUCAAGAGGGAUACAUUGGUGCGUUGGGUCUGCUGUACCUGCAUUGCUGCGACGUCGUUUGAAGAUGGCGCAAAGUGUGAGGGCUGUGAGCACUCUGGGUGCAGCAAAUGCCAGAAGUAUAGGAGGGGCAAAGAGGGCGUUGUGGGGGUGGAAUAG